GCCAGUCGGCCUGUCCGAGCGCGUCCGUGUGUAUCCUGCCUGAAACCUCCCGCGCCUGGCAACCUCUGGGGUGGGUUAGUUUUUCUCGGCAGUGAAAUCUCUCGGAAGGAUUCACUGCUUGCGGUUAUUGCAGUGACGUUUCGCCUGUGACAUCCCCGUGGAAAUAAGGACCGAGGUUUUAUGAACAAUAUGUGAUUGUGUGUUGAGUGAUAAGCUCCGUGGCGUUACUAAAGCUAACAAAAGGACUCAUGAUUUCACCACGUGGAUGAACAAGCGUCACUAAUCGAGAUAAGAACAAAAAAAAAGAAGAAGCCAAGAUAGCAUCUGUGUCUUCAGCAAGCUGGAUAAACUAAGUAACAUCACCAUGAGGGAUAAAUGGGAUUACGUCUUUACUCACAGCUUGCCUCCCAUUCAAGAAGACAUGUCCGUGGAACUGCCCUCUUACGGCUCAGAAAUACAAGGACCGGUGUUCGAGACUAGGAGUGGCAGAAUAGUCGAGUGGGAUGAGUGGGUGAUCAUCUUAGAGGACCAGACAUUCUCCAAAAAGGCAAGAAACCCAGUCUCCCUCGACAUGGCACAACGUGUAGCAAUAUCACGGGGAAUGGCAGCCUCGCGAGAUGGAUCUCCUGCAGCUUCGCGAUGCAAUUCUCGCUUCACCACGCCCAAGAAUUCACAGCCUCCCUCAAGAUAUGCAUCAAAGGAACUGAUUUCGUCAGGCAACUUAGGCAGCAGGAUCAGCAAUGGGCAUGAGGAGGUAGUGGCGCAACAUCCAUUAGACAACCAGGUGUCAAUUGCAGAUCCUGGGAUGAUGAAUGGCAAUAGGAGCAGCAAUUUGCUUUCUCCAGUUCCAGGUGGACAGCAUAACAGAGGAUGGUACAGCUCUAAUAGUAACUUAACCUCAUCAGAUUCUACACCUAGUUCUGAUCAAAACACAGACCCAGGUCAGGGCAUGGAUUCUUCCCCAGUAGCAGGGCCUCUAGAUGCACUUGGAUUCUCAGAAGAUGAAGACAACAGGAACACGUGCUUGUAUCGCAUGCCGAUUGUUGGUUACGAGGUCCUUGAAGAACGGUCUAGAUUUACGGUGUUUAAGAUACAAGUCCUUCAUCAGCCAACCGGUGACCAGUGGUUUGUCUUCCGGCGGUAUACAGACUUUGUGCGUCUGAAUAAGAAGCUGAAGUUGGAGUUCCCAGGUCUGCGAUUUUCACUCCCCCCUAAGAAAUGGUUUGGUGAUAACUUCGACCCAAUAUUCUUGGAAGAUAGGCAGUUGGGCUUACAAGCUUUUAUUGACAAUAUAAUUGGGCAUGCUAGAAUCCGGGAGAAGAAGUGCGUUCGUGACUUCUUUUGCCUUGAUGAUCCCCCAGGUGCUCAUGACACUUUAGAGGAGAGUCGGGCCAUGUGUCAGAGUCUGGAAGAAAAUGUUUCAUAUUUGCAAGAACAGCUCCGUGAGAAGGACAGCGAGAUUGCAAUUCUUCGAUCGCAAGUCAACUUCCUCAUGGCACAGCAGCAAACUCUUGUAAAAGCUCUAAGGUUAGAGUGUGAGUUGCAAAGUACAAAUGACCAUAGCCCAGGCUCCACACAUGAGCUAAACUUAGCUCUCCUUAAUAUAUGUGAGAAGAGUAUCAAUGGAGGCUUCAGUAAUUCAAAUCUUUUAUCUCCUGCAAGAAAUAGUGAGGGCAUGCCGUCUGGGGGCAGCACACCAGUCCAUAUGCUGAGCAAAGCCAGGAGUACCCCAGCUGUCACCUCGCCUCUUACAAGAACACUAGAGAAGGCUUUUGUCACAGGCCCAGAGUCGCAGUCCAGCUUAACCUCAGUCGCCCAAGUCACACAGGAGGGAAUAAAUGACAGCUCUGGAGAAAGACCAGCUGAUGUGUCCCAGGAGAGGUGAUGAGGAGCAAGACACCUCUUCACCCACUGGUCUUGAGAUUGUGUAUUAGCUACAGGGUUCGAUUACCAAUGUGGUUUUUUUUCCACAUAUUUUUUCCUCAGUGGAGGGAAGAUAUUCUUUUUUAAGAAGCUUCAGUCAAACAGAUAUAAUAAUUAUGUAGAGAGAGACUGAUUAAAGUUAAUGCUAUGAGUUUAUGAUUUAGCUUAAGAAUUUAUUUCCCAGUGUCAACAAAAGCUUUAAUAAGAUUAAAACUUUAAUAAGAUCAAUGAGGGUCUUGAACACCUUUGCUUUCUUUGUAUUAUAAAAUGCCUUGAUGACCCAUAUUGUAGAAGAAAAGCUAAUAGUGUAUUACUAUCUUCUAUUUAUAGUGUAUAACAUGGGAGAUCAUUCAUUUGUCUGUGAUACUAAUAAAUCUGAUGUUAUUUGUACCAUUUAUAUGCAUUAAAACAAUUUGUAUAUUGGUUAUAUACCAUUAUAUUUUCAGUUAGUUUUGGUUUCAAAAUAAAUUUUGGUGUGAAUAGUUAUAAUUUGUUCCAUAAUUGGUGUGAAUCUAUGAUGUUUACCUCUGUGGAAUUGGUUUUCUAAUUUAGAUCUGAUUUGACCUAAUUCUUUCAUUUUAUUUUGAACAAGCACAAAAUGCUAUUGAACCCACCGCAGCGUGCCAUAUGAAGAGGAAAGACAGGAGAAUAUUGAGUGGUAUAUACAUUUUUGUGAGGCUUCUUUGUGAACCUAGUCUGUGAGGAGUAAUAUGCAGUUUUGCUUUGAGCAUUCAUUGUGUAUACAUUUAUAGGAGUAUUUAAAUAUCACAGUUAUGCACUUGUGCACAUGUUCAUACAUAUGCAUGUAUGUGUGCAACCAUUCACAUACACAUGUUCACAUCUAUAGAUAUAUGCAUGCAAAAGUUCAUGUGUAAACAUGAAUGCAUAAGCAGAUCUGCACACGUAUAUGCACCCCGCCUCCCCACUCACAAUCACACUCACACUCACACUCGGUCACACUCACUCACACAUGCACACAAGCACACGCACACUUAAACACUCACAAGCUCAAAAACACACACACUCACACACUCUCACAUGCAUACAAACACACACAUCAGUACAAAAGAAGAGAAUGUUUUACACAUAAAUGUAUUUACUUUUGUAAGGUUGUAUAUGGUUCUGUGAGAUGAUGGUUCAGAAAAUUUGAAUUAUUUUUAUAUUUUGUGGUAAUUUGAGGAAUUUGGUACAAUUAUAAAUUACAAUUUCUAUAAGUUUCAACAGAAUAAAAUCUAAUUUAGUAAUUGCUUUGAUGUUAUUUUCAUUUUUUCUCUUUGUUAUCUGUAAACAAUAACAGACACAACAAUAACUCUUGUAAAUGAGGAAAUUAAUCAUGUCUUUAUUUUACUUGCAUGUCCUUUAUCUUAGGUAAGGAAUAUUUGCUUUCUCUGUGCAUAUUUUAUGUGCACUUCUUAAGACGUUCAUUUUGCAAUAUCAGUUUUUGUGCUUUUUUUUAUAUUUCUUUGUUUAAUCUGAACAUUCAGUGUUCAUUUAUGUAUUAGCACUUUUUUCUUCUCUUUUUGUGAAUUUAUCUUCCCAAUGUUAACUAGAACUUUAGGGCCAGAUCUUUAAUGAGUUAGGCAAUUAAUGGUCUCAUAUAGCUUCAGAUUUUCUACAUAUGCUUUAAAAUAGACCAUUUUUACAUAAGUGGCAGCAUUAUCUUCAUUUUUUUUAUCUUUACUUCUGUGACCUCUCUUCUUGCCUGGAUCUUUCCUCCUUUCUCCUUCUCCCUCUCUACUUUUUUUCUUAUUGUCUCUCUUUGCACCUCUGUCUCCAGAGUAUUAAUGUGGACAACUAGCCAUAAGUAUAUUUAGAUCUGUGUACUUUAUAAUUGCAAUGAAAGAAAAGACUUCUCUUCUCUUGAUAUCAAGAGAUGUAUGAUUGGUCAUUGUCAUGCAAUUCUGUAGCUUAGUUUGGCAUUAUCUUCAUGUUAUUAUGCUUUUCUAAUAUGUUUAUAAUCUGUACCACUUAUUUAUUAGAUGUAUUAGAACCGUAUGUUGUAUGAUAAUGGAGGGUAUUAGAAAUUGGAAGUACCUAAUAGAGAUACAAAUGGUAUCCCUGUUGCCUUUUCAUGUGCCUUGCGAAACUAAGGUUGUCCCCUGUAUGUUUUUUCCAAGCCUUACUUUUGAUUCUAAACAGUCCAUCCAUUUUUAUAUAGCACAAAUGUGUUUGGUUGUAUUGGGUACGUCAGUCGUUCGUAUUAUUCAUGGUGUCAUUCGUUUCUUCCGAAGUAAAGCUAUAGAUAUUGAGGAUUAAUGCUGAAUAUCUUUGAGGGAGAUGUAUGCAGCAGCUAGAUUAUAUGUUUGUAUCUGAUAUCUGGAAAUCUUCAUGAUAAAUAGUAAUCUUUUUGUAUGUUUUUUUUUUUUU